UGGCGACAGAUGCAAACACAUUUACACUCGAGUGGGUUAAGGUGUCUAUUGAUGAUCAGUUGGCUGAAACAUAGUAAGACAUGAAGUUUCUUUGUUGCUGUUCCAAGGAACCCGAUGACGAAAAAGAGCCCCUUCUUUCAGGAGAGCCGUCCCAGCGUGCUCAGAAGCCAUUGCAGAACCCGCUGACAGGGGAUUUGUCUUCCACUGGAUUUGAGCAGAGUGAUGAAAAAGAAAAUGAAAAUGUUGCGCAUGGUGUAGAAUUCAGACAGGCCAGUCCUCGGCAAGGAGCUAAACCUGUCACAAAAGACAAGAGAGGAGCUAAGUCGGACGAGGAAGGAACUAAGGCGAACGAGAAAGGAAAACGGUCUGGAGAGGAAGAAGCUGAAGCUAAGGAAAAGAAAGCUAAAGUCCUUGAAUUCAAAAAGUUCGACAUUCCAGAGUUGGAUUGCAUCUUUAGCGAUUUCAAGACAACUUUUGACCCGUUCGUUCAAAAUCGUGAAGAGAUGAGCAAAGCCGAAGAUUCAUUCAAGAAAGCAGUCAUGUCUCUAGAGCAAAUCAGCCCGCGCGCCAAGUUCGGUGAAUACGUGGCUGCUCUAAAGACUAGACUGAAGACGGAGGGGAUUACAGUCAAGGUUAAAGAAGGCGCUGCGACCAUUUACCAAGAGGGAAAGAAGACAGUUAAAGGGAUCUCUGAUGCGGUCACCGCCAUAAAUGCCAUGCUCAAGUUGGCUAAAGACUUGAAGGCUAUGCCGCUGACCAUUGCAAAUGGCAGCGAGGACGCAGUUGAGAGGGCUGACGAACUGGAUGUGCAAGGAAUUCUGAAACGAGAAUUGAAAAGCAUGUGGGAUUUGGGCAAAAUCCCGAAGUUAAAGAGAGCGUUCAGCAAUAAUGUGAAGCAAGUGAAGAGAGCUCCUGAAAUGGUGCGGGAUUUUUGCCUCAAAACCAAGGAGAUCAUUCUUGAAAUUUAUCACGCCUUUGCUGAUGAAGAAGAUCAGAGAAAAAUGGAAGAGGAGCUGUCUGAGGGGGAUGAUACUGCAAAAGACGAGGAGAAAAAGGAGAAAGGCGCGGCUGGAAAUAGUGAUUCGAAGAAAGAAGGCAAGAAAGAGAAGGACAAGAAAGACAAAGAUAAAGAAGAAUUUCAUAAGAAGCUUAAGUUUGAGUCACUUGGGCUUGAUGAUAUCGACAACGUGUUCACAUCCCUCGCGUCCGCAAUCAAUCCCUUCGUGGAAACGCGCGAGCGCGUUCAAGCUGCGAGAGAAUCCUUUGAGAAUAUUGUAAAGUCGAUCUGCAACAUUGACGUAAAGAAAGAGCUCAAAGAUUACAUCAAAGAAUUGAAGAAAGACGCCAAGGAGGGAAACAUAACAAUCUACAUCGACGAGACGGAUGGCGAAAUCAAGGUAAAGUCCAUCGAGGGCGUCAAACCUCCGAAGCUGUACCGCGAUGCAGUGCAAGCACUCCGGAACCUCAAAUCGGCCGGAAGUGAAACUGUGGAACUUGAACCGGACGUGCAGCAUGGGAUCGGGAAGUGCAUUGAGCGAGUAACACAGAUCGACCCACAGCGUGACUUCCACAGCCUGCUGAAGAAGAAGACCGAUGUAUUAACUCUGCCAGGGAAGAUAAAAAAGUUCAACAACAAUCGCAAGAAGGCCCAAGAAAUCCCAGGCAUUGUCAAAGAGUUCUGUUUGUACGUAAAGCGCCUUCUGACUGAUAUCUUAGAAGCACUGACCGGUGAAAAAGAUGCUGACACAGCGGACAAGAAAGGCGAGGACAGCGGGGAAGAAGGGAACAAAAGUUCAGCAGGUGAGGAUGAGCCAGCAGGCAAGGAAGAUGUGGUCAGCGACAAAGACGAAGACAGGGACGCAACAGGUGAGGAUGGGCCCGUGAACAAGAAUGACGAGGACAGCGGCAAAGCAGAGGAGAAGAAUGCAGCAGACAAGGAUGAGCCCGUGGAGAACGAAAAUGGUGUCAGUGGAGAAGCUUAGGACGACUAAGAACUGACGGAGUUUGAUAAACAACACAAACUAUGUUGAAAAUAACAAUAGUAUUGAAUCAAUGAAAUAGAAAUAUUGACAAGUUAGAAGUUUCCUAGCGGCAGUUUUCUAGAGAUCAGUGAGAAAUCAAAGCAUUGCACAAAGACAUGGGCUAGUGACAAAGAAAAUGCCACCUUGAUCAACAUUAACUAAAAUCAUUCUUUCCUUUCGAGAUGUUCAUUUUACUCACUAGCACUCGACCUUAGUUUUGUGAAUAUGCAACUUAAUGAAUAUGGAAUUUUAUUAACGUGCAAUUUAACGAAUAUUGAAGUUUAGGUCAAAAGAUUUCUUACGAAGUGCUAAAUGGAGUGAAUCAGGGCAACCAUCUCAGUGACAAAUUUGGAAUCCGAACUAUACUAGAAAUAUUUCUGCGUGAACAUCAUUUUAGUGCAGGUGAUAAUUAAUAACCAGUGAAAUAUGCCGGCCCUUUUAUGGACCUAUAUAUUUUUCAUUCUUGUUUUUUGAUUAAAAAUCAUUGAAAGCAUUA